CAUUUGCUGGUCGAUAUGUACAUCAUACGCUUAUCACACUGGGUACACAGAGAAGGGUAUAAAACCCAGCCGUCCCUCUGCCACUGUACCAUCUCAUUUCUUCUUGGAGUUCUGAGGACAUUUGCUGUCAUGUUUGUGUAUAAGGUGACUGUGGGUCUGUUGGCCCUGCUGCUGGUCUGUUCUGCAGAGGAGGACUCUCUUUCUCUUCUGCCUGUGGGAGAAUUGAUCGAGAGAGCAAACAGUAAAAUCAAUCGUGCCAUUGGUGACACUGUGCUGAUUGAAGGAGACAUUGCUGUUCCUACUGGCAAUGAGAAAAACGCUGACCCCUGCACCGCCAAGAACUGCAAGUGGCCAAAGUCGGCUGACGGAAAGGUCUACGUCCCCUACGUGAUCUCCUACGCAUACACUGAUACUCAGAUGCAGGUUAUCAAGAACGGUCUGGACUCCUUCUCCACAGUCUCCUGCAUUCACUUCAUACCACGCACCAAUGAGAACGCCUAUAUUAACAUUACAUCUCGCGAUGGAUGUUGGUCCUAUGUUGGAAGCACUGGCAAUAUGCAGACGGUGUCUCUGGCCCAAAAUGGUUGUGUCUAUCACCAGAUCGUCCAACAUGAGCUUCUUCAUGCUCUGGGCUUUAAUCAUGAACAAUGCCGCAGUGACCGAGACAACCACAUCCAAGUUGUCUGGGAUAACGUUUCAGACGAUCAUAAACACAACUUCAACGUAAAGCAAACUCUGAAUCAGGGAACUCCCUACGAUUACAACUCCGUCAUGCAGUACUCCAAAACUGUUUUCUCUAAGAAUGGCCAGGCCACCAUGAUCCCCAUCCCUGACCCCAAUGUGGUCUUUGGCAAAGCCACUCAGAUGAGCCAAAACGACAUCGACAGACUCAAAUUACUCUACCAGUGCUAAACUGCUGUGUGCUGCAGAUGACCAGUCGUCCUGAUGUCCUCUGUUGUUUGUAAUGGCAGUUUUAAUCUGUUUAAUUGUUUUUGGAGACAAUAAACAUGAAUAACUUCA